AUGAAAAGUCAGAUUGCCAUAAAGAGGGGAAGAAGCAUCACACUUCCAAAACAGACACAGGACAUCGGUGAGACCUUAUCUUCGGCUCACGCUCAAGAGAAAAUGAACAACAGACAUCAGCUUCUCAAGAUAUUAAGAAGUAUCCGGUUUUUAGCUCGCCAGGGACUAUCUCUACGAGGUCAUGACAAUAACAACAGCAACUUCAUUCAACUGUUGAAAUUACACGGUCAGACGGAUGAUUCUAUUCUUACAUGGCUUGAAAAGAAAACAGACAAACUUACUAGUGGUGACAUUCAAAUUGAGAUACUGCAAAUAAUAGCAUUAGGAAUUUUACGGAGAGUGGCAGCGAACAUUGGGACUAAUUGUUUCUAUUCUAUAAUGGCGGAUGAGGCAACCGAUCAGUCAAACCGUGAACAAGUUGUGCUUGUAUUAAGACAUGUGGACAGUGAUCUGAAUGUGCAUGAGGAUUUUAUUGGACUUUACCUUGUUCGUUCUACUGACGCGCAAACAUUGACCAAUGUAAUUGAGGAUGUGCUACUCCAUAUGAACAUUUCCUUGAGCAACUGUCAUGGACAAUGCUACGAUGGAGCAAGUAACAUGUCUGGUGCCAAAAAGGGAGUUGCAACACAGCUGUCAAGCCGUGAACCCCGUGCAGUGUAUACGCAUUGCUAUGGACAUGCUCUGAACCUGGCAGUUGGAGAUACAGUGAAACGUUCAAAAGUCAUGAGAGACGCAUUAGAUACUGUAAAUGAAAUGUCAAAAUUAAUCAAAUAUUCGCCAAAAAGGGACAGCAAACUAGAGGAAAUUAAACAGGAGAUGAGCCCAGGGACACCGGGAUUUCGCGUUUUGUGUCCUACGCAUUGGACUGUGAGAGCAGCUAGUUUCGGAAGUGUUCUUGAAAAUUACAAUGUGCUACAAUCUUUAUGGGAAAGCUCGUACGAAAGUGUCAGGGACUCUGAAACACGUGCACAUAUUCUAGGUGUUCAGUCUCGUAUGUCUAAUUUUGACUUCCUGUUUGGUGUUAGCUUAGGGUACGAAAUUCUCAGACAUACCGAUAAUAUGAGCAAAUGUUUGCAGAACAAAGACAUGUCAGCAGCUGAAGGUCAGCAUUUAUCCAAAAUUUCGAUCGGAACACUCAGUGAUAUGAGAAAGGAUGACGCCUACGAUAAGUUCUGGGAAAGCGUAAAUGAAAAACUGGACACUUUGGAUGUCAGUGAGCCUGUAAUGCCUCUACGUCGUAAAAUGCCAAAACGUUUCGAGACUAGGGAGGCACCACACGAAUUUCACGCUACAGAGAAAGACCUGUACUGCCAGAAAUAUUAUGAGGCACUGGAUUUAGCUGUAAACUGUGUGCAGGAUCGAUUUGACCAACCCAGUUACAAGUCCUAUCGUCACUUGGAAGAUCUGGUACUUAAAUGUGUCACCAAUGACCCUUCAUACCUGGAAGAUAUGGACUAG